AUGUACUCACUACGAUACUACAUAGAUUCUUGGAUCGACGUAUCCUCGCAACCGUCCUCUUCCUCCUUCUCGUCUGCUGCUACGAAUGAAGAUAUAAUCACCACCGGCUUACAAGUCGAGCACGGAGAAGCGGGAGCAUAUCAGCGCCGCAAUAGGCGACGCCGUCUACAACACCUUGCUGCUAUCACCACAGCCCAGGUAGACUAUGCAUCGCGGGAUACCAGCCAAGCCAGUAGCAGUCAGGAGGAGUAUGAGGAGAGCGAAAGCGAGUCUGAUCGCGUUCUCAGCAGCUCAAAUGAAGAUAUCCCUCGCCAAACGCUUCCACCUGCGUUGUCUGCGCGCUCUGCACAACCCUCCUCAGGUUCCGACGCUGCCUCUAGCGAUGAUGAAGAUGAUACUUCUACUGCCCUAGGGAUGGGCAUCAGCCCAUCACCUUUCGUACCUCAACCAAACAUAUUCACACACCCACCGGCGACAUCAGAGCCUGGAUGGCCUGCACGGCGUACUCAACCUAAUGGCCCAUCUACCUCUACUCACCGUGCAGCCCCUCGAAGAGAAUCUUACCCUAGCCCGCGAUCAUCGCGGAGAACUCAAUAUCAGCACAGCCCUUACAAUAUGAUCUCUCCUUCUCACCAUACCGACCAUGAUGCCGCCCUUCGUGCCAGCCUAUCAACACUUCUUUCAUGUGCCGCUGCUGCCAGAGGCCUUCCUAAGAAUGAUAGUCGACCAUCACCCGCCCCAGCUGCUCCCUCGAGUGGCGGACACCCCGCUUCAUUCCGAUUAGUAGGCCCAUCCGUUGCUAUGGGAGAGGAGAGCAGCGAUGAAGAGACCACAUCCUCGCCACGGUAUCCAGAAACAAGUCCCUCUAAAGGUGCAUCUCAGAGGCACCGAAGAGUACCGUCAGUGUCAUCCGACCCAGCUGCCACCAAAACAAAGCGCCGUUCCAGUUCCCCUAAAGACCAUGGUGCCUCCUCGAAGAAGAGUCGUCGCGUGAGCAUGACAGAUUCAGCAACGACUGUUAGCCCCACGAUCAUGACAUGGGUCAUCAGCGCCGGGGUUGUCGUUCUAUUCUCCGCAAUCAGCUUUUCUGCCGGGUAUAUGAUCGGCCGCGAGGUUGGUCGAGUUGAGGUCGGAAUGAUGGGAGAUGGUGUUCCUGGUCCUCGUCCCUCAACCGGGUGUGGGCAGGAAGCGGUCCGUGGCGGACUCCGAAAACUGCGCUGGGGAUCUGCGGCUGCAGGAUCUGCUACUCUUGCAUCAAUGUAA